UUGAGGUCCGAGAAGAAACGAAAGUGUGCUCUUUAAAUAACCGAAACUGGUGCAAACUUGGCCAAAGCGUUUUACAAACACCGUCGUGAUGGCAAGGAAGAAAAGCAAGCAGCAAGGCGUCGCCCAGAAGGAGCUGGUGCCCGGACAGCAGACUGUACCGAAGAGCCCAGUCUCUCCCGGCGAUGCAGCCGGCGGUGGCGGCGGAGAUGCUGGGCUGGAUAGGCUGGCCACCACCAGGGCGAACCAGCCUAUGCACACCUGCUGCCUCUUGUGCCAUCGUGAAUUUAAAGACUGGGGGGCAAACUCCAUGAACGGACUCCCAGGGGGCCAUGGGACCAAGCUGGCUGAUGCCGUGCCUGCCCUCUCCCAGGCCUUAUUGCGGGAGGCGCCAGGGCGUAAGCUUGCUGAUGCGGUGCCCUCGCUGUCUCAGUCCCUGCUGGGUGAGGUGCCUCUGUGGAUCUGUCAGAGCUGCUGCAAGACUGUGGAAGAGGAGGAGAGACGGAGCACCCAGGAGCAGGCGACGCCGGUACCAUUGUCACACUCAUCCUCCUGUAAGUCCCAGAGCUGUGGGAACGGUUACCCGGAGCAAAGUACGGUGGAUUGGGACCCGAGUUCCUUCCUGUCAGCCCACAAACUGUCAGGCCUCUGGAACUCACCUCACACCAACGGAGGCGAACACUGCAGCCACAACACUUCUUCACUCUCACAACAAGGUAUAACAGCAGGAUCAGCCUGUCAUGAUAAAAGAGGACUUCACGAAGCGCCGGGGAAAUCUGCUAAAACGUCGGGGACCAAGGUGUGUCCUUACAGUCACCCAUCAUCCCAGAAUUCCAGUGGGUCCUCUGCUGGGAACCCCCUGUCUACCUCAGCAGACCUUUGUAAGACCACUCCCAAGCACUUCAAGACCAUGUGCCGUCGACCAACACCACCAGGUGAAGCCUUCCACCCCAGUGACCACCAUCAACAUACAGACUUGUCGGUACCCCCCAAUAGUCCCACUGGCCUGUCUUCCCAGCAUUCCUCCCUCCUGCCCCCAAAGCCUAGCUCUGGGCAGCACAGUCAUGUAACCUCUUCCUCUGCCACUGGUGUUGCAGCCCACGCUCCCUUUUCCCCGCUGGUACCAAACCUCCACGGCCCAACAGCGAAACUCACCUCUCCCAGUCCAGACAGCCCAACAUCUGUUCAUAAGCCCAGCCCGUGCAAAAACGCCCACAUUCCUGCCGUGAACACGCAACACAGCAAACUGGGCACGUCUAUCAUAGGCUGUAACCACCCUUGUAAUGGACACAGUGGUGGAACAGUGGCCACUUCAAAUGUAGGCCAUAUGACAGCUGGGGCCUGCAGGGACCAGGCAUGUAAGGGGCACAAAAUGACUAACGGGACGUUGUGCCAUCCUCCAUCUGAACUGGAGGAGGGGGAAGAUGAAGACAGCAGCUCUGAGAGGAGCUCCUGCGCCUCGUCUUCCACCAACCAGAAGGACGGGAAGUACUGCGACUGCUGCUACUGCGAGUUCUUUGGACACAAUGCGCCUCCAGCGGCACCAACUAGUCGUAACUACGCCGAGAUCCGAGAGAAGCUCCGCUCGCGCCUCACCCGACGUAAAGAGGAGCUGCCUCCGCGUCCGGACUCAGAACUGACAGUAGCUGGUGCCAUUGACAACCGGGAUGUAGAUGAAUUGCUGGACUUCAUAAACAGUUCUGAGCCCAAACCUGUUAACAGUGCCAAGGCUGCCAAAAGAGCACGACACAAACAAAAGAAGAAGGAAAAAGCUCAGCAGGGCAACAUGGGUGCUGCAGGCAGUGACCCCCACUCCAAUCCAUCUGAGCCUGUUGACGAGCCCAUCCCUGACGGUUCUGAAGCCAGUCGGUUGCUGGAUUGGCCUCAGCUGGAGCUUGAGCGCGUCAACAGUUUUCUCACCAGUCGGCUUGAAGAGAUUAAGAACACCAUCAAAGACUCGAUCCGGGCCUCGUUUAGCAUGUACGACCUCAAUCUGGAUGUCAACGACUUCCCAAAGAAGGCAGCCACAUUGGAGGGCAACCAUUUACUGUCCCAUCUCAAUGGUUCCUCUGACCUGCAGCAGAUAGACCUUGACCUCGCUCCUCUUUCACUGGACACCUUUAAGAGCCACCUCGACCUGGUUAAUGGAUGGGAGGACACAACCACUGUCUCAUCCCCUAAUACCACCACCACAGCAUCAGGAGUCACUGCUGGGGCCAAGGAUAUCCAGCGAUUGCACACUACCCCUAGUCUCUCAAAGCUCAUAAGAGUCCGGUCCCCAGAAAGAUGCAUUUCAACUGGAUCUGACAGUUUGUCACAUGUGCCAGCCCAAGCAACAUCUAAAUCAAAGGAGGACAUCCCUGAUCCCAAGAACACCGUACUUGGAAACGGCGGUACAAAGUCAAAGAAGAAUAAAAAGCAGCAGCAGCAAAGACAGGAGCAGCCUGUGUCGGAGCACAAUUCCAACAAACCUACCAAAGCUGCCUCCGGGAAUGAAACACAGAAAACCAAUGAGUCUAAGGCGGCUGAAAUAGGUUCUAACGGCUCAAAAGCUGGGAGCAAACAGCCUCAUCACACUGCAGACAACCAGAGAAAUGGUCCUAAGAAAGCUGAGGAGGGCAGAUCGUCCAGAAAUGCAGCCAAUGGAGCAAAUGGUGGCCUCUCGAAUGCACAAAGGGGGAAAGGUGACACAGACAUGCGGGGAGGUCGGUCCGAGCAGGAUUCAGAAAGCAAAGCUCACCCCACCAUUUCAGCGUAUGGACAGCAACAGCCGCAAUCCAAGGGAAAAAAUAAGAAGAACAAGAACAAAGGCGAGAAAUCCAGCACUGCUAUCGAUGAUGUAUUUCUACCUAAAGAUGUGGAUCCCACAGAAAUGGAUGAGAUUGAUCGUGAAGUAGAAUACUUCAAAAGGUUUUGCCUUGAUUCUGCAAAACAGACUCGCCAGAAGGUAGCAGUGAAUUGGUCCAACUUCAGCCUCAAAAAGGUUCCUUCCAAUGCAGCUCAAUAACUCGGAUGAGUGCCAGAAAAAAAAAAACUUCACACCACAAACUCUCUCAAUAGAGCCCUAUUUGGCCUGAGGCCUUCUCUCAUUCCCUGUUUUCUUCUCUUCCUUACUAAGCCAAGGGACCCUGGUUCAUAAUCAUACUCUCCAUUCAGAAGACUGAAACAUAACUUGUGGCUAACAAGCCAGGGAUCACUCUCAAGGCCGACUCUACCCUUUGCUUUUAUUGCUGUUCACUAAAUGAAAGAUGCAAAAUGGAAAAAAGUGUUAAAUCCACGGCAUCCAUGUGCUUAUGUAUGUAGUAUGUAAACAAUAAAAUAAAUGUUUUUAUCACAAAUCUGACAUUUUAACGUUGUUAAACUUCUGAAUUCCAGUCAGUUAAAUUUGGUGCUCCAAAGAUACUGUUCAUCAGUCAUUAUAUUCUGCAUUGCUAGUUUCCUGCCCACUACACCUGUCUCACUAGACACUAGAGAUUGUUCAUCAUAUACUGUCCAUAGUCUGUCAACAAUGUUUUAUUUUUUUAAUUUUUUUAAAAACAACUGAAUUGGUAUACUUUCCUCAAUUUAAUCAUAAUCAGUAAUCAAUUGAGAAUCAGUGUUAGACAUGAAAUGACAAACACUUGAUGACCUACUUACAACACCAUUAUAUUUUGUGUGAAAUUAUGUUAAAAAACCAAUACAUGAAUGUACACCAACAACAAAUAUUAAUUUUCUGUGUAAAACACUCACAAUAUGCACCUACAAAUGUAAGUUCAAUGAAGUACCCAUACAAACACAUCAUUCUAAUAGAACUGAAAACUCAAUACUGCCUUCCAAUUCUGUAUUGGGAAAACUUUAAUGUGUCUGUUGCUUCAGUGUCAAUCAUCCCUUGGUGUUAAUCUUGAACAAUUCUCUAUUUUAUAGUGUUAUCCAAUAUAGGUCUAUAAUCCAAAGCCUUGUCAACACUCUGCCAUCUGUUGUCCAGUUGAAGAAAGUCCUUUACUACAGUCUCCCUACUCUUAAACUGUUAUUUUAACCCCUAUAUCUCAGCAGUGACAGGUACACCAGUGUGCAAUGUUCAUUUUAACGUUUGAACCAUCACAUUGUUUGACAGAGUUAAUUUAAAUGCUUGUACAUAUUGAGUGAUUAUUUUGGGCCCUUUUGAGCCUUUGUCAUGCGUUUCUGGGGGUUGUGUGUGAGAUAUAUUUUCAAACCAUACUACUCUUCUUUUUUCCCCUUUCAUGUACUGUGACUUUGGUGGCACCCUCCACUUCAGCUAGCCUAUCUGAAGUCCACAUCUUGAUAAUCUUUUAAUGAGAACUAUCACUCAAGAGUUGAUUGCUUUGGGACACAGGCCUUGGGAUUUACACCAAUAACCAUGUUUUAGCUGAUGGCUUUCAUUGAAAUGGAUGAUUUAUUUCCUGAAUCUGUGCUGACAUUUUGUUUUCAUAUAACAUCUCUGAUGCUCUCCAGGUUAUAUUCAGUUAGAGAAGAUUAUCUUAAUGUUUCGAAUGUAGAUUUAUACUAUACCAAUAAUG